CGUCAAUCGGCCGAGACCAGUCGAGAGAUUAUCGUGCAUGUUGAUGCAUCCCAACGCUGCCUUGAGCGCGCCGAACCUCUGGUACGUCCAGCAGCAAAAGGCCCAGCGCCCCGAGGUCGUCCUCGACGUCUCGCUCGGGCAGUGGCAUGCAUGGAGCAUCUCGCAAGCCCACUGGGUCCACGACGCCCACCGGUCGGCGUGUCACGGCUGUGGGCACAGCUUUACCUUCUUUCGCCGCAAGCAACACUGCCGCAUGUGUGGCGAGAUCAUCUGCCGGCAGUGCGCCCGGCGUGUGUGCUUGGUGACGCACGAUACCAAGCGCAAGCACAAGCCGCAGCAACGACACAUCAAGGUGUGCCCACCGUGCUACGCGUCGACGCAAACUACACGCGUCUCCAAGCUGCCGUCGCCACCAGCAUCGCCGACGCCUGGCACGUUCUUUGCCACAACGCCAACGAUUCCGCUACUGGAAGAGAAGUCGCUGGCGUCGUCGGCGUCGUUCACAGCCUCAACAUGUCCGUCAUCGCCGUACUGCUCGCUCAAAGAGGAUGCGCCGCCCAGCAUCGAGGAACUUUGGAUGCACUCGAAUGAGCAAGCGCGGCUCCAAGCGCUAUGGCAGCUCCACAUUCUCGACUCGCCGCGGGAGGCAACCUACGACACGAUCUGCAGCCUCUUGAGCGACCUCACCAACUGUCCGAUCGCGUACAUUAGCUUUAUGGACGCGCACCGGCAGUGGUUCAAGGCCAGCGUCGGUCUCUUCGUCCCCGAGGUGCCGCGCGAGGUUUCGCUCUGCGCCUCGACGCUGCACGCGCCGCGGCCGAUCGUCGUGCCCGACACGCUUCGCGACUCGCGCUUUGCCAAAAACCCGCUCGUCGCGUCGGCGACCGGCAUUCGCUUCUACGCCGGCGCGCCGAUCGUGCUUGGGUCGUCCGGCGUCGCGAUCGGCACCCUCGCCGUGCUCGACACGGUCGCGAGCAAGCGCAGUGCGACGCUUCAUGACGACGUCGUGCACCACCUCAACCGACUCGCACGCCUCGUCGCUUCGUACGUCGAGCGUCCGCAGCCGUUGACACCGCAGGUCGUGCUGCAGCAACUACUCCGGCAGAGCAUGGAGACCAAGGAAUUGCUCUCGGGUCGCGGCGGCACAUCUUGGAUCUCGGGCAAACCGUCGACCCACCGGUCGUGGUCCAGCAUCUCGGAAGACACCGAGCAGUGAGAACGGGAAUAUCUCGUCGCUUGUUAUUUAACAUGUUGAAAAUGUGUGUUGUGUUUUGCACA